AUGGAGGGAGAUCCCUAUGCUCAGACCGACCCGGAUGAAGUGUGGAAACCUCCUCCCUUUGGCGUCAUACUCUCCCGCCUGAGAAGUGCACCAGAGUUCCGACGCCCAGAUGGCUCAGCCGACCCAUCCAUUGAUCUUACGCCGCGCAAACGUGAAUCACCCCUAGUUCAUUCGGAGCAGCCCCUCGUCACCGAAUCAUCCUUGCCAUGGGACCGGCAUGUUUGGCCCUCGAGAGGUCCUAUCCCGCGCAGAGAGAUGGAAGAGCCACCAGACAAACGGCUGCGCUUGGACUACAUGUCUAAAGAUGUGGAAGCAGGGGAGACAUCGUUGCAAGGCAAAACGGAUACUCAAACAAGUCACUACAUAUACCCUCCAGAGCCUCGUUCUCCCUCGCGGCUCCGGGGAGGCGGCGCCCCAUACCGGUCACCUCUCGGACCCUGUGCGAAUUGUUCAGAUACCGAGUCCCUGGUACUGGAAUUGGUCAGCGGGUUUUUGGAUCUUCAAUAUCAGAUUACCCAAGCUUUAGCAAUUCCCACGGGCCGGCAGAGUCCCAGUAUGUCUAUUGGUCUGGAAAUCACUAAGCUAGGCCUCAGAAAGUCUCUCUUGUGGGCGGCCGAUGAAAUUCGGAACACGUCUCGCCUUGUGCAGGAAAAUGCGCCUUCCAAACCGGAGUUACCGCCUUUGGCCGAUGCUGUCCAGCCGUCAGGUGUAAAGGACUUGCGACGAUUGUCAAUACAAGUCCAGGCAUCAGCUGCUUCCUCGCAUAUCAAACCCCUUCGCCGGAUGCCCUUCCACCUCGACCCUGCUCGAAGCGACGAUCUUCACCGAAGGGCUAUCGAUUCUCCUCCUGAACAGAUACCUCGACUUUUCGAGCAACAAUUACCUCCUAUUCUGCAGAGCGAUGAAAUGCGACCGAACCAAGCGCAUGAGCAGACGCUGCCGGGAACGGCACAAUCGACUCAACCGUCGUCUACGCCUGCGGUCUUCGGCUCUGUCCCAUCGCCAAUACAAUCUCAACCAUCCUCCCGGACCUUACCCUCGCCUCCAGGCGCACAAUAUCCGCGAACACCCAGUUCAAGCUCAGCACAAUAUUCGCACACUUCCACCCAAGCCGCACACAAUACUCACCUUCAGGACCUCCAACAUCAGAUCUCAACCAAGACAUUGGCUCUGCAGACCCUACAGCGCGAACAUGACCAUCUCCUGGCAGCAUUUUCUAGGUCGCAGAUUCGAUGCACUGCUCUUGAGAAAAAGUCUCAAGUCUCGGAUCACGAAAUCAACAUUUUGACAGAAGACAAAAUCCAGCUUCAACAGCAGGUCGACGCUUUAGAAGUCCAGGUGCAAGACCUUACCAAGUCUCGCGACGAGAUUCACAAGCAGUCCUCGGCGGAUGUCGCGCAAUGGAGGCAAAUCAUGGCCAUGUCUUCGCAGCUACAGCAGAAAGGUGCGGAAGAGGCUCGCCAACACAAGGCCGAUCGAGAGGCUUGGGAACAGGAACGGAUAUCACUGCAGAACCGAAUUGAAGUGCUCGAGUCUCGAAACGAUAUCCUCCCUGGGCGAAAGCUGGUGUCUGGCACCCCCAACCCAGUGGCAAACGAUCCGAUUUUGGCGUCCGACUCCGUGGAGCUUCUCAGAAAAGAACUUCUCAACGUCAGGCGACAUUGUGUCGAAUUAGAGCUAGUGCUGCAGGAUUUGGCCCCAGAGACUGAACAGAUUGAUAAUGCCAUCAGCACGAUGAAGAGACUUCGGGAUGCACUUGCAAGCAGGAAGGACUGGUCAGAGGAUAGCUUAGGUGAUGAGGCGCGAACCUCCUCGAGAUAG